AUGCAAAUUCAUAUUCUACUCUGUGCAACAGCUAUCUUGACUGUAACACAGUCAACACCAAUCGUCAUUACACGUAACGAUGUGAAAGAUGAAGGUAUUACCAGUCAAACAAAUGUUACUCAUGUUCAGAACCGUGCUUAUUUUGUCGCUGUGAAGGUACCAAGAUCAAAGCGGCAAUGGGGACCAGGAGUUCACCCUCUAGAUGUGCGUUUAAAUCGACCAAUCGUGGGUCCUACAAUACCGUUGGAUGAAAGAACGUCAAUAUUUACUGGCGCUUAUGUUGAUUCCCAGGGUAACAUCGAUGGUGGUCGAAUAGGUUUUACUAGAACUUUUGAAGAACCAUUUUCAACCGUUCCAAGUGUUGUCUAUGGCGACGAACAAUUCUAUGGAACAGGAAUGAUUGGAUGGUUACAUCAAUCGAAAAAUAUGGUUCGAUUUGUCGGACAAGAUUUAUUAAUCGGUACAAUUUUAAGUAUUUAA